AUGGACAUGCUGGUAAAAUCUAUAUUGAGAUCUUGCGUAAUCUGCAAGCGUUUUUCUGUCAAACCUGUAGAUCCACCAACUGCAUCACCACCAGCUGAUAGAGUUCAAGAUGCAGCUGUUUUCCAAGUAACGGGAGUGGACUUUGCUGGUCCUGUGAUUUUGAAAGACAAUUCAAAGGCCUGGAUAUGCAUUUUUACCUGUGCCGUUUACAGAGCUACGCAUCUUGAAUUAGUCACAUCACUAUCAACUGAGGCAUUUUUACUAUGUUUCCAUCGAUUUGUUUGUAGAAGAGGAAAACCUUCGAUUGUAUACAGCGAUAACGGAAUGAAUUUUACAGGGAGUGCAAAGGCAUUAUCUUGCAUUGAUUUUAAACAGGUUUUUGUUAAGGCGAGGGAUCAGCAGAUUACCUGGAAAUUCAUACCUCCUAGUGCUCCCUGGUGGGGAGGCUUCUGGGAAAGGCUUGUUGGAAUGAUGAAAG